GUUCAAUUGAACUGGUUAUGCACAAAGCUUGAGUAAAUGCAGCACAUAUAUUAGUCGUGUAUACCCUACCUUGGCAACUCUGUGCGGCAACAGUUUUCCCUGGCUUGCUUGCUGCCGCAGCUGCAUUCAUUAUCCUUGCCUGCCUGAGCAUGUCCGCCAGCAAAUCGUGCUCAGCGUCGCAGUUAUUACCAACUGCCACGCCCACCAAGUUCCGCCUGCGAUUGCUGUGCCUUUGCGGUCUACUCAUCUCAAUAUAUACGCUAUAUGUUAAAAUCCAGCUGGAUCACGAUGCGAACUAUAAGGCCAUGUGCGACUUGGCCGAGCAAGUCAGCUGCACAGCAGUCUUUAAAUCCGACUUUGGCCGCGGUUUCGGCUUGACUCGGCUUGUUUUUGAUGCCAACUCUACUUAUUUACAUCCCUCCAAUGGCUCCAUUGGCAUUGCCUUCUACACGCUGCUUUUUAUCACCUCCUUCUUUGAGAGUCGCUGGCUUUGCCAACUGCAGCUGCUUUUUGCAGUUCUGACUCUGAUUCUCUGUGUCUACCUGGGCGGGCUGCUGCUCCUGGUGCUCAACGAUUGCUGUGUGGUCUGUGUGCUCAUCUAUGGCGUCCACAUGCUGCUCCUCUCGGAGGUCUACGGACGCUAUAAGCGUCUCUAUUUAAUCAAAAGAUCCAUUGAGUAA